AUGUCACACCGGACCUACAAGAAGAAACUGCGGGGAGCAAUGGACGACUUGAAAGAGCUUCUUCAGCUUGAGCAAGACUGCGUCGUUCUUCCAACGACGAGUUCCGAGGUGGAAACUUUCUACCCGAAAGUUGCGCGACUGUACGUCCGUUACAUCGUGGUGACAAAUGCCAUCGAAGCCUGCCACGAUAACAUCGUCCAUCCUCAAGAACGUGCGUUCGUGCGCAAAGUCCUGGAAACGCUGCUUGUGAGACUUCUUGAAAUCAAGAAAAUCGUCAUCGCAACCAGUCCCAGGGACGGUUCGCCGCAUCUUUUCAUCGCUGACGUUCUGUCAUAUCUCGACGUUUCCCCCGAACAAGCGACCUUACGAAUUCCCCGUUUCUUGAAAGAUGAUCCAGACGCAGCCGAGCAGUGGGACGUCAAAAUGCAGAAACUCGAAUACUGGGCAGCGACGCUCAGAGCAAAUGCGCUCAGGACAUGGGAAGCAGCGAGUCGAAUUCAGGCUGUGUGGAGGGCUUGGUCUUGCCGUCGCCGGGUCGAGAAGGAGAGAAGAACAUCUCUGGUUUUCUGGGGCUUCGACUUCGUGGAGAGUGACAGUCAAUCAACGGAGGAAAAGCGCCUUCUCAAGCAAGUGUUUGCGACGAGAAAACUCUUUCAAAAAGAAGCCGAAAAAAAGUACAACGCUUCCCUCGACACCGAGCUCGCGUGGUUGCGCAACAACGUUGGCUCCGAGUUAAAGGCCCGAAAGUUUGAGGAAGGGCGAGAUUGGAUGCUCGAGUUUCGGCGACAAGUUGGGUCCUUCCCCACUUCUUUAGCCGAUCGCACAAAAGAUUACGACGGCAUUCCGCCUCCCCCCCCCGACGGGCGUCCGUACAAAAUCGGUUUACCAGGUGCCGACAAGAGGCCAGCAGCAAAAGCAAAGGCAAAAGCUCAGCCGGCAAAAAAGCCGGAAGCGGGGAAAGAAAAGAAAUCGACAGUUCCCGAGGUCGAAACUCCACCCCAAACGACGACGGACGAGUUGAGGGAUUUGGCUACGGACUUCGAGAGAAACUGGAUUGAUUUUCAGAGUUCGCUAGAUGCCGCGCAAGAGCCUGAUCAGGCGAUUAUGCGGUCUCAGUUGCUUCCCCAAGUUGAACGCGAAGUUACGGCUGAGGUAGACGAGCUGCUAAAGCAGGAGUUGGUACGCCUGCGGCAGCGGUUUGACCUGGUAAAGGAAAAGCGCUCGAAGAGAAAGGGACAGAAGGGAGCGAAGAAAGCAAAGAAGGGAGAGAAGAACGCGAAAAAGGUCAAGUGCUGCAAUGCGAUGGACAUCGCUGGGCCAGACGAAGACAUUUUCCCUGAUUUGGUCAAAGAUGGAAUUUUGAAGGCGAUCGCACCCGCCAAACUCGAAGAAUUCAUCGGAAACUUCCCCGUCUGUGCCACCCCCACUGAAGAGUUUCUGCCGGCGCCGACGGCCUGGCAGAUCAAACAGUUUCUUGUGGAACAAAUUAUUCUCCCUCUUGCCUCCACGCACAUACGCGAAAGAACGCCCUUCCCCGCCAGGUCUCUCCUUCUUUAUGGACCUCCAGGAUCGGGGAAGUCUCUGGUCGCUCGCAUUAUUGCGACAGAAGCGGGAGCGAUGUUUUACGAUAUCUCGCCGCACGUGAUUGAGAAUCUCUACAAACAGCAAAAGACUGGCACUUCCUUGAUGAUUCACAGAACGUUUCUCUCUGCACAGCAGCAUGCACCAGCGGUGAUUUACAUCGAUAAUGUUGACCAAGUGUUCAUGCCGAAGAAGGGCGGGAAAAAGAAAGGAAAUGGGGGCGAAAGCCAAUUGCAGUCAACCGCGUGGAGGAUCAGAGAUCAACUCAAGGCGCAUCUAAACUUAGUAAGGAAGGCCGGAGGCCCCCUAAGUAACUCGGAUCGUCUUCUUAUCAUUGGGUGCACCUCUCGACCGUUUGCAGACCGGCUGGAUCAGAAGGGCAUGUCUGAUUUCUUCGAUCACAAACUCUGGCUAAACUUCCCCAACUACGACACGCGAAAAAUGAUAUGGGAGAAUCUCCUUCAGAAAAAGCACGCGAGGAUUGAGACGCUGGCGCUCGCGAACCUCUCGACGUUGGCGGAGAUAAGCGAAGGCUACUCCAGCGGCGCACUGGAAGCUGCUGUCGAUCACGUUUUCGUAGAUCAGCGAAUCGCACGCCUUGUGGACGAGCCUGUUCAUCCCACAGAACUGAUCGGGGUUCUCUCGCGACUUCCGUACUGCUGGCCAGAAGACUGGCUUCAGUUUCGGGAAUUUGACUUCGUUGCCACGGGGGAAAAGGCACGCGUCGCCGCGAGAAAGGCCAAAGCUGAAGCAGAAAAAGCAGCUGCAGAGAAAGCGAACAGAAACAGAAAGUAA